AUGCUGGGUAUAUUAAAUGGAUUUAUUUAUAAAUCUGCAGGAUCAGAUGAUGAGGAAGAUCAGUGUUUCGAACCAGCCAUGAUGGAUGUUGAUUAUAUAAAUAUGAUGUCAAUCGAUAGUGACUGCAAGGAACAAAUAAUGCUAUCAACUGAUGAUGAAGAAGAAAAAUCUUUCAGUGAAUUUCUAUCGAAUAUGGGUUUUUUAAAUGAUUAUAUAAUUUCACCAGAUGAGAACGAUGAACGAAAAAGACAUGAAGUUUUGAAAGAACUGGCUUUAAUGGUAAACUCAUCGUUAUCUAGCGAACCUGAUGGCUCUUCGAUUGAAAGACUCAGAGCCCACUUCGCAAUAAAUUGGUCUAUUCAUCCAGAUCUUUUGGUUCGCAAAUAUGAUUUCCCAACUUUCGAGAAAUUUCUGGAAUGUAACGAAGUAAAAGAAUAUAUUGAAAUAUCUGGGUUUACUGAUAAAGGUGGUAUCGUUUAUUCUGCUAAAAGUUUUCCUCAGAAUGAGCAUAUAUUAAGAAGAAUCAACGACGAAAAGUUAACAGCUGAACAACGAGAAAAACGACGAAAACAGCAACGAUUAAUUGCUUUAAAAAAACCGGAAAACACGGAAGCUUUUAUUGAGGGAAAAAAACGAAUACUUGGUAUACUUUUAGAACUACAAGCAUAUGAGACGCCAGUGUCCUUCCAACAAGUGCAAGAUUUAUAUCUACAGAAAUAUAAUGUUUCCCUCAAUAAUGAGGAACAAACAAAGCUUUUCCAAAACAAGUCAGCAGUGAAAAAUUUUGAACGAGCAUUUUUCCAUGAAGUUAUCAUAAAGUGUAGAAAUCCAAUAUUUAUUAUGCUAAAAAGCAAGGAUGUAAAAAUGCCUGAAGAAAUUACGGAUGAAGAUAGAGCAUUGAUUUCCAAUGUCACUGAAGUCUCUUCAUAUCCACUUAUUGAUGAAACAAAAUUUAAUAAAACGACUGUUCGGCCUAAUUUCUGCAGCACAAAAGAGGCGAUUUCUACUAAACAUGUUGAAGAGAACGAAGUGGAACAAGAAAUAUUGUUGAAAGAUGCGAGAUUUAGAACAAUCGAAGAAUCGCCUGCAUAUAUCGGUGAGGAAUGCGUGACAGAUAGAUCUGUCGAAUCUCAAUCUUUCGCAAAAAAUAUUAUAGUGGAACGUGAAAUCGAUGGUAAACUGACGAAAGCGGAUGAUAAAGGUAAAUAUACGGAUGAUAAUGAGUCUGAAGAUAGUGAUGAAAGAAAUACUACAAUACGCAAUCGUAGGAAAAAAUAUAUAAUAUCGCCAAACUUAGAUAGUGAAAAGAUCUCAAAACUGAAAUCCAUUACUGCACGAUCACUGAGAAAAUCAGUUGGCUUUGAGAAACAAAUAGAACGAAGAAAUCUUUAUGAUAACGAACAUAUGUUGAAACAAAGUGGAGUUACUUCAGUUGAUAUAGAGUCAAACGUGACCAUGGAAAAAUUAGAUGGCAUCGUAAUGUUUGAUCAGUUUCCAAAUAACUGCCGUGAUCGUUAUGCUUCUCAAGCUCCACAAUCGAUUUCACAUAAACAUACUGGUUCCAUUAGAGCAGUGGACGCUGUUCGUUAUAAAACAUUAAAUAUACGAUCAGAAGAUAGUCAAAAAUUUCUGCGUAAAGUCGGUUCUUUUCUUAUGGUUGAUGCUUACACACAAACUGAUUCUGAUUGGUUAGAACAAAUUUUAGACGAAUAUGGAAUUUUGUCAAAAUCUAUUAAUCAUGAGAUCAGCAACACUUCAUCGGAAAAUAAGGAAAUAGUAAACCUAGCUUUGACUAUUGAAAUGGUCGCAAAAAGGCGAUCUCCACAACCAUUAUUACUGUCAUCUCUUCCUCAACUGAUAGGCACUAUUUAUGGUUGCCCAGUUGAUCCUUUGAGCGAUCAGAAUUAUCGCAUGUCGUGGAAAAAUAUUAUAUUGAACUUUUGCAGCUCCUUACAGCUAAUUACUUUGCCAAAUGGCCAGGAUCUUAUCAUCUUAAAUGAUUGA